GAACUAUCGUGUCGCACGUUUGUUGAGAAAUCGUAAAUAUUUGCAUAUUAUAUCGAGUUUAUAUAUGUACAUAUAUAGCUUACGGUAUUGUGAAUUAAAAUCAAACUCCAUUUAAUGGGAAUAAGUUUUUGAAAUAUGUUUUGAUAAAUGCAAAGAUAUGAAGUGAAAUUAAGUUGAAAAGUGAAUACUUGACAAAUACUUCAAUUAAAAAAUAUGUAAUUGUAUCUUAUAGCAGCGACGAAAACCUGUUGCACGCAGAUUCCUAUAAAACUUACUUUGAACACACCGUCUUGAUUACGCCUUUUACAGCCGAGUAAUUUUUAUCGUUUAUCGAUUGUGCCAUUGAUGAAUUCAUACUUAAUGUGUAAACCUAAAAACUUCCGCAUUUCUUUAAAACUAUAGAAAAAGUUAUAUCUCAGUAAAACUUUUAGGAAAUAAAACAGUUCUCAAGAUUUUGUCAUUGGGCCUAAUAAGUUAACCCUUUACCUAUUAAAAAAAAACGGCCACCCAUUCAAUGACUUUUAGUUACUGGUGUAAGAAUAAUCUCGCGUCUCUAUUUACAUAAACAUACAAACGUUUCAAGUUGGUAUAUGUACAUGUGUAAUUAAGUACCAAAAGAGGUGAAAUUAUUAAUACAUAAAAAAUCGCGUCAUUUUGAGUGGUAGUUCCGGCAAUGACAUCCCACGCUUACUACAAAGAACGGUUGGGUUUCGAUCCCAACGACAUAAGUAAUGAGCCAUCAAUUGCGUCAUCGCCUCAGGUGCGAAAAAACUCGAAACACCAACACUUUGACGACCCACACAAGCAACAUUACGUUAGCACACAAACACAUCUUCAGCAAAAUGUUGCCAGUUAUUCGCAUCACUCAGAUCAAAUACCUGUUUUACAUGAAAACACAAGAAUUAGUGAUAUUGAUUUUGGUGUGGAAACUAGUCCAGCAAAAAAAGCCAAGCAUUCGGCAGCGCCUUCACAGCAGUCAACCCAUGUUGUGGGUUAUGAAGACGCUUUGACACAAUUUAAAGAUGAGCGAGAUGCUAUUCAAAAAAAAACAUUUACUAAAUGGGUAAACAAACAUCUCAAAAAGGCGAAAAGGCAAGUGGACGAUCUAUUUGAAGAUCUGAGAGAUGGUCACAAUUUACUCACACUUCUGGAAGUGCUAUCGAAUGAGCAUUUGCCACGCGAAAAAGGGAAAAUGCGAUUUCAUAUGUUGCAAAAUGCUCAAAUGGCUCUAGAUUUUCUUCGAUACAAAAAAAUUAAGUUGGUCAACAUUCGCGCUGAAGACAUUGUUGAUGGAAACCCCAAAUUGACACUUGGACUUAUUUGGACUAUAAUUUUACAUUUUCAAAUUUCGGAUAUUGUUGUUGGCAAGGAUGAUAAUGUUUCUGCCCGGGAAGCUUUGUUACGAUGGGCUCGCCAUUCGACGCUGCGUUAUCCAGGUGUGCGGGUAAAUGAUUUCACAACCUCUUGGCGAGAUGGUCUGGCAUUUUCUGCAUUAGUCCACCGCAAUCGCCCAGAUUUGCUUGAUUGGCGAAAGGCAAGAAUGGAUCGACCACGUGAGCGUUUGGAGCAAGCAUUCCAUAUAGUCGAAAAAGAAUAUGGAGUUACGCGUCUGCUGGAUCCUGAAGAUGUUGAUACAAAUGAGCCCGAUGAAAAAUCUCUUAUUACGUACAUAUCUUCUUUGUACGAUGUGUUUCCGGAGCCACCUUCUAUUCACCCUUUGUUCGAUAUGGAAUCACAAAGGCGUGUACAUGAAUAUCGAGAUCUGGCUCAUCAAUUUAUUUAUUGGUGUCGCGAGAAGACCGCAUAUUUGCAGGAGCGAUCUAUUCCUCCUACAGUUAUUGAAAUUAAGCGACUGUUAAAUGAUUUGCAUUGUUUUCGCAAUGAAGAAGUUGCAGCGCGUAAAAAUGAAAAACAAAAACUCAUUCAAAUAUAUAACGAAUUGGAACGCUAUUUUGAAAGCAUUGGCGAAAUUGAUGUGGAAUCUGAUCUACGUCCAGAGGCUAUAGAGAAAGCAUGGUAUCGAAUGCAAACAGCGCUAUCAGAUCGGGAACUAGCUUUGCAGCAGGAACUGGAAAGAUUGGAACGCUUGCAGCGGAUCGCGGAUAAGGUACAAAGAGAAAUUAAACAUGUUGAUGCCAAAUUAUCCGACCUGGAGAUACUUAUAAAUGAGGAAUCGCGACGUUUAGAACGCUUGCAUCCAAUUGAUGCUAAGAGUGUCGUAGAAUCACUGGAGACAGAGAUUCGCCAUUUGGAAGAGCCACUUCAAGAUAUGCAUCAAGAUUGCAUUGUGCUAAAUGAAGGUCGUUAUGCCAAUGGUGCUGAAUUGCUCAGUAAGGUCAACAGAUUACAUCAGCGAUGGACAAAUCUACAUGCUCUUUUCAACUCAAAUUUGGUACAAAAGCUAACAGAGUUGAAAUAUCCGAUUCAUGAAAAAACUGUAACACGACAGACUCGUACGAUUAUUGAAUCACGACAGAUUGAAACAAAUUCAAAUUUCCGCGAUUUGCAAGAACACAUAGAAUGGUGCCAAUAUAAAUUGAAACAAUUACAUGCGGCGGAUUAUGGUUCAGAUUUGCCUUCAGUCAAAGACGAAUUUAACCGUCAUCAAGAGGAGCAUAAAAGUAUUGAUAAAUUUCAUUCAAAUAUUUUGAACGAUGAACGCCAGCAAACAAAGUUUUCUGGAGACGAACUGCGGCUCUAUCUUCAACGUCUUAAUCAAUUACAAAAAUUGUAUGCUGAACUUCUUAGCAAUUCUACAAAACGGCUUUCAGAUCUGGAUGCACUUCAAAAUUUUUUGGUUGACGCAUCUGCUGAAUUACAAUGGCUUAACGAGAAAGAACUUGUGGAGAUUACUAGAGACUGGUCGGAUAAACAUUUAGAUCUUACCGCUGUUCAUCGUUAUUACGAGAACUUAAUGACGGAGUUGGAAAGACGAGAAGUUCAUUUCGCUACUAUACUUGAUCGAGGUGAAGCUUUACUGAACCAACAACACCCUGCUGCCAAAUGCAUUGAGGCACACUUAACUGUUCUGCAACAACAAUGGGCAUGGCUUUUGCAGCUAACUCUAUGCUUAGAGGUUCAUCUUAAACAUGCUACUGAGUACCAUCAAUUCUUUUCCGAAAUUAAGGACGCUGAACAAUGGCUUAAUAAACGUGACGAGAUUCUCAAUAGUAAAUAUUCCCAGUCUGACUUUUCAUUGGAUCAAGGUGAAAACUUGCUACGCGGGAUGCAGGAUUUGCGAGAAGAGUUAAAUACAUUCGGAGAAACUGUUCUAAAUAUCCAACAGCGUGCUUUAGCAAUUGUACCUCUAAGUAAACGACGGCAACCUGUAAGCUCUCCGUACACAGUUCAGCCUAUUUGUGGGUAUAAGCAACAAGGACACAUCCAAGUAGAGAAGGGAGAAAAAUGUUCACUUUUGGAUAAUUCUGGCCGUGUUAAAUGGCGAAUACGGUCAUCCACUGGUCAGGAAGGCUCUAUUCCUAGUGCUUGUUUACUUAUAACCCCACCUGACCAAGAAGCGGUUGAUUCUGCAGAGCGACUAAAACGCUUGUUUGAUCGCACAGUUAGUUUAUGGCAAAAGAAACAUUUGAGACUUCGUCAAAAUAUGAUUUUUGCUACUAUCCGUGUUGUAAAAAGCUGGGACUUCGAUCAAUUUUUGGCUAUGGGCUCAGACCAGCGGUCCGCUAUACGCCGCGCCUUAAAUGAGGAUGCUGAAAAGCUGCUCAGUGAAGGGGAUUCGAACGACCCGCAGCUAAGACGUCUAAGGCGAGAAAUGGACGAUGUUAACCGUUUAUUUGAUGAAUUUGAAAAACGCGCCAACGCUGAAGAGGAAAGUAAACAAGCAAGCCGAGUCUUCACGGAAGAAUGUAUAAACAUCAAAUCGAAGUUGGAGGAUAUGGCUCGUGAGCUAGACAAAAUAAUAUUAGCACCUUUGCCUCGUGACAUAGAUUCAUUGGAGCAUGCCAAAGAAAUCCACAUAGAUUAUGAACGUCGCUUAAGACAACUUGAUCCCGAAAUUCAACAUGUCCAAAAUAGUUUCCGAAAUAUACCACUAAAAACGCCUGCUUUGAAAAAGAGUCUGGAUAAUUUGGUAGAGCUAUGGAAUGAGUUACAUACGCAAAGCGAUUUACAUAGAGAUCGUUUGAAAUUAUUAGAAACUUCAUUGAUGGGAUUAGAAGAAAAUGAAAAUUUCAUUUCUGACGUUGAAAGUAAAUUGGCAAAUCACAUGGUUUUACCUUCAACUCACGAAGGACUGCAAGAGGUUUAUAACCAGUUAACUGAUAUUCAAGAGCAAACUACGCUUUUUCAACCGAAAAUAGAUAAAAUGAACGACGCAGCCGACCAACUAGGACGAAUGGGUGUCCCAACCAAGGUUUUAGGUGACUUAAAAAUUCUUCACACGAAUGUAGGCCGAUUAAAUACUCGCUGGGUUACUAUUUGUAAUACAAUAGCUGAGAGGAUGCGGUCAUGCGAAACUGUAAACGGUUUGAUGAAAAAUCUGCAAUCAAGCGUUCAAGUGGAAGAAUCGUGGAUAGAUGGUCACACUGAAAAAUUAUCUGCUCUUCCAACAGCUACAGCAGCAUAUGAAUUAGAUCAAAUUAACAAUUACAAAAUUAACCAGAAAUUAUUGGAGGCUGCAGAAGAACGAAAACCUAAGGUCGAAAAUGUCAACAUUGCCGGAGGACGUUUGAUACGCGAAGCCAAGAUAUAUGAUGGUAAAUGCCUGCGCUUACAAGACUGGAUUCUGGAAGCCAGUCCUUCAUCUUCACUACCUCGCCAAGAUCUUCAAACAGGAAGUGAUCCUGGUGCCGCGAAAUACUACAGUCAUCACCUGGCUACACUAAAUACAAAAUAUAGCCGAUUGUUGGAAAUUCUUUCUCAACGUUUAAUAACUGCCAUAGAAGUGAAUGGAAGCCAAAACUUGCGGUAUGCCGAAAGUAUUCAAAACCCGCUUAAAACCUUCAGAGCUGAUAUUGUUCAAAGACGUUCUGCGGGAAAAGACGGCCGUGAAGAUAUUCCUCAGAAUGACGACCAUAGUAAAACACGAUUCAAUUCAAAGAAUGAUUAUGGAAGCCCAAGCUUAAUUUCGUCCUCAGCAUUACGCAUAGGCGAUGGAGAUCCCUUAGUUGUAUCACUUAAUGUCGAACCUCAUGUAUUCAAAAGAGAGAAUGAUAGUAGCAGUGAAGAUGUAAUUCAAUUAUUCAAUAGCGAUUUUCUCGACAUCGUUGGCAUACGCGAUCCACGAACGGGUGCAAGUAUUACAAUCAGAGACGCGAUUCAUAUGCGGAUUUUGGAUGUACGUUCUGGGCAAAUGAUUUUGAAUGAUAAAUAUGUUUCUUUGGAAUCAGCGGCAAAGCAAGGCUUUAUUGAUACCAAAUUGAUGCAUUAUUUAUUAAAACCAGGUGUAAGUAAAGAUAACAGAGGUAAAGAUUUAUCACUGCUUGAGAUAAUACAGAGCGAGAUAAAUGAAGCAGAAUUGGGACAAGAAUCUGCUGAAAAACGAAUUAGGAUAACUACGGAAGCCGAAGAAAAUAGCAUAAACCCCGGAAAAAUUAUCGAGACUUUACCUCAAGAAGACGUCGAAACUGGGCCUAGCCAAGUGGGGUCAGUGCCAAGCAAAUUCAUAAGUUUACCAGAAGCAUACAGUCAUGGAUAUUUAAUAAAGCAUGAGUCAGUAACAAUAAAAUCUUGUGCAUUGUGCUUAAGCGAUGCUAUUGACCAUGGACUAAUUGAUGCAUCAGGUUGGAUUGCAGAUCGCAACUCUGGCGAUAAAUUCAGACUUGACUUAGCUAUAAAAAAUCAAUUAAUUGACCCUAAUAUCGUGGAAGUUGUUGAUGCAAAGAAUGACAUAAAAAUUUCGGUGAGCGAAGCACUUAAACUUGGAAUUUUAAACUCGAAAACCGGACGCUACAUUAAUGAAAUUACAAAAGAAAAAUUAACUUUUAUUGAGGCUAAGAAUCGGAAGCUCAUUGUUAAGCCUUACACUUUGAAAGAUAUUGUUGAUUGUCACUUGCUAGAUACUAAUGAAAAAAUUAAUAGCCCAAUGCAUCGAAAUAAGUUAGGCCUAAUUCAGGCCAUUGAAUCAGGAGUUUUGGAUAAGAAUAAUUUAAAAUGUAUUCAUAAAAUAACGGGAGAGUUAGUUACUCUACAAGAGGCAAUCGAAAAAGAAAUUAUAUUAGUUGAGGAGUUUAGGUACCGAGACUUUAUUACUGGAGAGGUAAUAACUAUACCUGCGGCAGUAGAGCGUGGUCUUAUCAGUUCGGUUUCGCAGAAAUCCUUGUUCAAUAUAGAUGGGUUUAAAGAUUGGAGAAGGAAUGAUUUCGUCAGUUUUAAUAUAGCUUUAUCUCGUGAUAUUUUGUGUAGAAGAGAUUCCGGCUUUGCUUUAGAAAUUAGUAAAAAUGUUUACGAACCCCUGGAUGUUGCUGUAAAGAAGAAUAUGGUGCGCCAGGAGGUAUAUGAGAUGUUUACUAAAAGAGUAGGUGUGCAUGAUGGUAGAGGAAACGAAUUAACUGUGCUCGAUUUAUGUUUUCAUAACCUAAUCGAUCCGAAAACAGGAUAUUUACUUGACCCUAAGACUGGAAAAAAUGUGCCUCUUGAUAUAGCUAUUGAAGCGAAAUUCAUUUCACCAGAAGGUGCUUUAUUUCUAAGUAGUUUAUUAAAUAUAACAUUGACAACAGAAACUCUUACUCGAACAAUCAAUCGUUACGUAUCUAUUCAAACAACCACCCGGGAGAAACAUGGUCAGUCCUUAACAUUUAACGAAGCAGUAAGUCAGGGUUUAAUUUACGAAGACCAGCAGUUAUAUUAUGACCAACACACAGGAAAUGUUUAUUCGGUACAGCAGGCCCUGUCUUACGGUCUUUUGAGCCCAGAGUUAAGUGACCAGUUGCCUGAAACGGAAAAAUUGGUAACUAAGCAAUGUACGUCAGAUGCUGAUCAAUUAAUUGUUGAAGAUUAUAGCUUUAUAGGAAAGGUGAAUACUAAAACAUCUUCUUCUACAUCGCCUAACUUUACUGAAAAAGAAAAAAUAAGCUGGGAAGAUGAAUCCCCUGAUCCAAUACAAAUUGCACCUGGUGAAAUUUACGACCCUUCAACGAUGUUAGUCAUCUUUACAGAAACAGGCCAAUCAGAGAAUAUAUUAAAAGCAGCACUUGAGGGUCGAAUAAAUGAAAAUUUCAUACAAGUGGUUGAUCCGUGUACAAAGGAAGAAGUUUCGAUUAAAGAAGCUAUCGGUCGCAAAAUUUAUGAUUUUGAAAAUGAUAUAGUUUUGACGCAAUCUGGCGAACGCAAGAAUUUUAGUGAAGCGGUGAAAGCCGGAUUGAUUAAGGUGUCUGGUAUGCCGCUAAUCCCAGUAGAAGAUGCUUUAAAAAUACUAAGAUUCGUUAUUGAUCCAAAAACUGGUGAAAACAUACCUGUUGAAGUAGCCUAUGAACGCGGUAUUGUGCCAAGAAGUGAGGCCAGUGACAUUUCAGUUACGCUUCAAAAAAUGCGUAAAAUUAUUUUAAAACCCAGUGAUGCUCUACAAAAAGGAAUAAUUGACUUGGAAGCAAAAAAUAUUCUUGAGGGGUUUUCUAACAAAUAUGACAUUCCAUUAAAAAAAGCUUUGGAGAUCGGACUAAUUAACGGUCAUGAGGGAAAAAUUUUAGAUCCCCAGAGAAACCGAACUUUAAACAUCAGCCAAGCUGUCGAAGAAUGUAUUAUUGAACCAGAAUUUAACAAUCAUAUCUUAAUACCACUAGCUAAGAUUUUAUCAAUACCAAAAUUGCUGGAACAAGGCCUUAUCGACUUGGAAAAUCAAAAAAUUAUACAUCCAGAUAAUGGUUAUUUACUUAACAUAAAUGAAGCUAUUACUUGCGAUAUUCUAGACCCGCUUUCAGUAAUUCAAAAGCCGAUGAGAUUGACACUGCAGGAAGCAAUAAAAACCGGUGUUGUCGAUGGUAUCGCAUCUACUUUCAAAGUUGGUGAUAAGGCUUUAAAUAUAAGUGAAGCUGUUGAAGAUGAAGUAUUCGACUUGACCUAUGAUGAAAAUGACGUUAGUAACUUGCCUCCUAUAGCUAUGACGUUUCCUGUCGCCAUUGAAAGAAAGCUUGUUAAUCCUAAUAAAAACGAGGUAACCCAUCCUUAUACAGGCCAAAAAAUGACAAUAAAAGCAGCUUUAAAAAAUAAUAUCAUUAUGUGUAUUCCAUAUCCGCCAAGAAUAGAUGCGCUUGAAAUAGAAAAAGCUUUAAAUGAAGGUCUAAUUGAUGUUGAAAACCAAAUUAUAAGGUACCCAGAAAGUGGGGAAGUCCUUUCAAUUCGAAAUGCCCUGGAAGAAGGAUAUUUAUUACUGAAACCUCUUUCAGCUUUUGUUGCAACACAAAAUCCGAUUUCAACGACUAAGGUAAUGGAAACGACAAGUUCUCAUCAUACUGUUACAACAAAAACAAUUGAGCUGAUGCAGGGGUAUGCCCGAAACAAUUCAAAGCCUAAGGGUAUUUCUACAGAAGCAUUUCAACAUGUUAAUAAAACCUUAAAAACUUCGGAGGAAAGGGAAUCGGUUGCAAAAGAAGAAAAUAAAGUGGAAGGAAGUGCUACAUCCCUUUAUUCAGAAUUUGAAAACAUAUUGUCUUCCACCACAGGUAAAACCCAUCUAAUUGACGAAGCUAACAACCUAGAUGAAAACAGUAAAGAAUCCGUCGAUAAAGAAUGUCAUGACAGCAGUGAUGGUUUCACAGAAAAUCAUACGCAUAAUGAUUUUUUUCCUUCGGCCUCUUACAAAAAUAAUUUACAGUGCGUUAAGGACUCAACGAAUCAAGUAUACCUUCAAAAAUCUGAAAUAGGUGAUGCUAUUUCACAAAAAUUAAUUGAACCUUGUAAUUGUUUAGUUAUUAUAAAUGGAGAACAGCUUGUUGAUAGUGUAGAUAUAUUGUUAAAAAAUGAACAACUGUGCCUACAAGAUGAAGUGCGAAUUCUAAAUAAGAAUUUAGUGGCUAUGGAACGCGAUCUAUUCUGUAUAAAUUCGUCGCAUCUAUUAACACAAGAAAAAAUGAGUGAGCUUAACGUAUUCGAUGUGGAAAAUCAGUACUUCGUAGACCCUUUAUCAAAAAGAAAAAUAUCAUUUCAUGACUUAGUGCUUAACUGUAAAGUUUUUAAUCAUAAACUAAUAUUGGUAAAAAAUUUUACCAGUGGCGAAUAUGAAACGUUAUUAGAUGCAUUGGACCGCCCUUUGCUGGAUCGGCAUAAUGGUCAUAUGGUAGAUCCUAAAACUGGUGAAAAAAUUCCUUUCUUCGAGUGCGUCACGCGAAAAUGGAUCACUUAUGUCGAUCCAGAAAAUAAAAAACAUCCUUCUUCAAUCGAAAAGAUGAUCGAUACACAAACUGGUAAAAUAUUGCUUGACGAUGGUCGACUCCGUUCUAUAAACGAUGCAAUUAAUAUGGGAGAUAUUGACAUUCAUUCUUUUUCAGUACGAGAUCCAGUAAGUGGUGAAAUUAUUCCACUGCGUAUGGCAAUUGAAUUGGGAGUUGUAAAUAUGCAAUCAGGUACAAUGAUUGAUAUUCAAACAUUGCAAGAAAUACCUUUGGAGGAAGCACUUAAGUUGGGAUUGCUUGUACCUGGUCCACGUAAGCCUAUCUCUCUUGAAGCAGCUAUACGAAAGGGUCUUUAUAAUCAAGAAACAGGAAAGUUUUAUGAUUCUGAAUCUCAAAACCAAGUUGAUAUUCAACAAUCCAUAGAAAUAGGAUUAGUUGAUCCCAAAAUAUCCCUAAUCUUUGAUUCUCUUGAAAAUAAAGAACUAAAUUUGCAUUGUGCAAUUGAGGAUGAAUUAGUCAUACCAGAAAAAGGUCAGGUAAAAGAUACAAAAUUAAAUAUUUGUAUGCCUUUUAACGAAGGUAUUGAAAAUCAUUUGGUAAAGACUGAUAGCAUUACUUGGAGUUUAACUGAAUUACUACAACGUGAAUACUACUCCCCUACCACCGGAAAAGUAUUCAAUCCAAUAACUGGAGACGAAAUUCUUUUGCAAGAAGCAGUUCAAUUAGGAUUUGUAGAAUUAGAUACCUGCUUAAUAAAAAAUGAGGAAGAUGGCGUAAUUAUUUCUGCGAAAAUGGCAGCCAAGGAAGGCAUUCUUGACACUGUUAGAGGCGUUUUAAAAUUACCGUACCUUACCUUGGACGAAGCUUUUGUAAAAGGAUAUCUUCUAAGUACGAAGAAACCACUAUCUUUAGUUGACUGCUUAGGCCGAAACAUGUUUGACCCCUUUACAUCGACUCUUAAAAUCGAUGAUAGAAUUUGUAACUUGAAAGAAGCAAUAGCUCUCAAAUAUAUUAAUGCAAAUGAAUUGAUUAUAUUAGACCCUUGUACUGAUUCCGUUAUAAGCAUAAUGGAGGCUAUAGAUAAAGGUUUGCUCGAUCCUGUGGGUGGAUAUAUGGUUAACCCAUACACAUUAAAAAAAAUGUCCCUCACUGAAGCUUUCGAACAUAAAUUCCUACUUCCGCCAAAGCGUAAAAGAAGUUUACCUGAUGCCAUGUAUCAUGGCCUAUACGACCCAAAGUCAGGCAAAUUAAGUAACACAGUUACAAGAGAAAAACUCUCUGUUGGAACUGCUAUUCGCAGGGGAAUUAUUGAUCCACAUUCGACAAUCGUCCACCUGGACGAAAAAUUCCUUCCAUUUAUGGCAGCAGUAGAAGCUGGGAUAGUCGAUACUAAAAGAGGAACAGUCAAAGUAGGAAAGGGACAAGAAAUUGAUAUUGAAGAGGCAUUUGAUUGUGGAACUUUACUCGAUGUUAAAACACCAAUUUCUUUUGGGAAAGCCGUAAUUAAAAACAUUUAUAAUGACAAUGAUGGAAGUGUUCUUGAUCCUAAAACAGGUCAAAAACUAUCUCUAUCAAGGGCAAUUGAAACACAUGUAAUAGACAUAAAUAGUACACAAUUAAAAGAUAAUAACUCUGGUCUAUACAGAAAUAUAACCGUAGCUAAUUUAAAAGACGUGAUUGAUGGCGAUAGCUGUAUGUUAUCCUAUAACAACCAAAAGGUUAAUAUUAAACAUGCCUUUAACGUGGGCAUAUUGAAAGAUACACAAGCACCAGUAAGCAUUCAAAGAGCUAUUAUUCAAGGCUUAUAUGAUGAAAGUAGUGGCAAGAUAGUCGAUACAAAAUCUGGGAAAAAAAUUAUUUUAUUGGAGGCUAUGUGUAAAUGUGUUAUAGAUUCUCAAUUGCCUUGCUACUUUGAUAAAAUAAACGAAAAACUUUACAAUUUGAAUGAAACUUGUCGUCUGGGACUUAUUAAUAAACGAGAAGGUACUUUUACGGAUCAUGAUAGCAACGCAUGCGUAACAUUAAAAAAAGCACUUGAAAUGGGUAUAAUUGUUGAUAUUGAAAAUGCAGAAUUUGGGCUUUAUGAAACACUUGCUAUGGGAUUUUACGAUGCAUCAGAAAAUAAAAUUAUACAUCCGGUUACUGGCAAGAGGCUUACCUUAAGGGAAGCAUGUACUGAGAAGAUUGUAAGCACCACAACUACUUUAAUAAAGAAUGAAAACAAUGGAAAAUACAUGCAAUUGUCUCAUGCUAUUUCGGAAAAAGUAAUUGACGAAAACGGUUUUUAUAAUUUAAGCGGCAAACAAAUAGAUUUACAAAGUUCCCGCGAAAGGGGUUUAAUUGUGACAAGUUGUCGGUUACUGGACCUUUUAACUGCAAUUCGAAUGAAAUUAUAUAAUCCUGAAAAUGGAUCAUUCUAUGAUCGAGCAGCAGGGCAAUAUUAUGACUUAAGCGAUGCUAUAUCUAGUGGAUUUAUAAAUUCAAAUACUACAAUAUUUAGUAGCAAUGUGGGUGAUUACAUUCUGGAAGAAGCUAUAAAGAAUGGUUAUAUAAAUGUUCAUAAAGGGCAGGUGUUUGAUCAUAAAACUGAAAAAUUCUUGAGUUAUGACAAAGCUUUUAGUGAAGGAAUAUUGGUACCUACUUCUAAGCCUUUGUUCAAAAGUCUCGAAAAAAAAGGUUACUCAGAACAGCUUACGAACAAAUAUGAUAGAACCUCCUCUCAAGAAAUGUCUUUAGAAGAAGCAAUAAGUUGUAAUGUCAUCGAUCCUAAAACUGCAUUGGUACGACAUUUGCCCUCUCUCAAAUUAAUUUCAUUUACUGUAGCUCAAGAACAGAAUUUAUUUAACAUGAAAACUCGAAACUUAAUCGAUCCGAAGUCGUUAUUCUUUGCAUAUAAUCCUUCCGUAAUUAUAUACUUCCGAGAGCCUAUUACAUUCGAUCAAGCAGUGGACAGUAAAAGUCUUGAUUUAGAAACUGGUAUGCUGACGUAUAAAAUGCAUUCCAACGAUGCUUCUGAAGAUGAUACCAGUGAAACUAGCGCUAGAGCUGAUUUAUAUAAAGGAGUCGAACUUCUUUGCUUAAAAGAUGCUGUCACUACCGGCAUUAUUGAUCCGGCGUCAGCAUUUAUUAAGGAUGAAGCUAAAACAAAACUUGUUGGCUUAACCGAAGCCUUUCGGAAGGGCCUGAUUGACACAAAAAGGGCAAAUGUGCUUAAUACAAAAACAUCAAAGCUAUGUUCGUUGAAGAAAGCGUAUGAAUCUGGAUCGAUUGUAACACCCAAAAGGCCAUUCGGAUUGAUAGAAGCAAUAAAGUAUAACUUAUACAAUCCCGAAAAUGGUUGUUUCUUGGAUCCAUUUCAAAUGAAUUACGAUUUUAAACCAGACAAUCAACUGACUCUAUUCGAAUCCAUUACUUAUGGCUUGUUGGAUCCCUCGUCGACGGUGGUUCGAGCUUCUACUACAGAUGAAAUCAUCCCCUUGACUGCGGCUAUCAACAGCGGUCUUAUCGAUGGAAUAUACGGUUGUUUAGUACAUGCCGCUACUAAAGAAAGCAUAGAUUUGCUAAAAGCAGUUAAACUGGGCCUUAUAUUGCCCGCAGAACAGCGACAAGCCGUUUUUGAAAAAUUCAACAUUUGUGAGGAAUAUGUAAACGAGUUGCUGAAAUGGGUCAGCGCAAUUGAAUACAAAAUUUCUAAUGUUGGUGGACCUAAGGAAAAAGUUGAUGAAAUCCGAAACCAAACAAAUAUUUUAAGGCAAAUUAAAGAAGAAAUUGAUGGCCAGCAGCGACCAGUUUCCACAUGUUUGGAACAAAUUCGUCAAAUUGUUUUAACCGGAGCAGAUGUUCUCUCUGCUCCUGAGGUGUCAACUCUAGAGAAUGCUGGAAGAGAGUUGCGUUCACGUGUUGAUCGUGUCAGUGAUCGAACCUUGCGAUUGUUGCGGCGGCUUGAAUCUAUUCGCGAUGAACUUACUAAAUUAUCUGGAGAACUUAGUAUUUUCUUUAGCUGGUUACAAGAAGCUCGGCAUAGGCUUGAAGAUAAAGAACAGUCAAUAGCCGACUUAAAGAAUCUAGCUUCACAUGCUGACUCUAUACGAGAGUUUGCUAGCGAUGUUAUAAGCCAUCAAGCAGAUCUACGGUUUGUAACUAUGUCGGCACAACGCUUCUUGGACGGAAGCAAGGAGUUCCUAACGAUUCUAAAUGAUUUUCGUACAGCUAUGCCAGAACGAUUACCGCACAUUGAGCCAAUAUCAAAUGCGGAGAGUCCUAUUCGCCAAGAAAUUUCGUUGAUAUCCACUCAGUAUAAGGAUUUGCUACAUCGUACAAAUACACUUCAAGAUCGAAUAGCUGAUUUAACUGGACGCCAACGAGAAUUUCUAAAUGCUAUCGACAAAGCAAACGAAUGGAUCCGCACUGUAAAACCUCGAGUAGCACGUCUCAUUGCUGAACCAAUUUCAGGAGAUACAAAAGUUGCUUUCGAGCAAAUGAAUGAAGCAAAAGCCGUUCACAGUGAAUUAUUAUCAAAUGGCCGUUUAAUAGAUAAUGUUGAUCAGGCUUUAGACGAUUUAAUAAAAUUAUUGGGAAGCCAACUGAGUCCAUAUGAAUCUAAAAUUUUGGAAAAGCCUGCGCUUGAAUUGAAAAGUAAAUACCAAAAACUACUUGAAACACUUGGUGAACAUUGCAAGGUACUUGAUAAAACGUUGGUACAAUCGCAAAGUGUUCAAGAUGCACUCGAGAAUUUGGUUCUUUGGGUGGAUAAAGCUGAGGAUAAAUUUAAAUUGCAGUUUCGACCUGCAUCUCUUAUCAAAGAACGAUUGCAAGAGCAAAUACGUGAGCAUAAAACUUUAUUGGCAGAUGUUAAUUCACAUCAGACAAGCAUAAGUGGUGUACAAACAUCCGCAAAACAUCUGAUGGACUCCGCAUCCAAUGCGCGCAUUGCUAAAAAAGUUGAAUCCAAUUUAAGAACAGUAUCUGAAAAAGUGGAUAAACUGUUGGAAAAAUUGCACAAACGAGGGGAAUUUUUGGAUGCUGUAUAUGGUCAUUUGCAAAAAUGUUUAGAUGAAGUAGCUUCCACUGAACGUGAUUUAUAUAAUUUGCAAGAAAUUAUAAAUAAUCUCGAUGCAAUUAACUUGCCAAUAGACUUACUUCUAUCUCGUUCAGAAGAAGCAAUACGACUAAAGGAGAGUAAAGUCUCUUUGUAUGAAAACUGUGUCAGUAACUGUAAAGAUUUAAUAGGACAAAGAGAUGUUACUGAUACUAAUCCGCUACGUGAUCGAAUUAAGUCAUUGGAAAACUUGUGGCGCAAUAUAAAUACUUCUUUGGAUGAGAAAUCAAAACUUGUGAAACUAAAAGCCGAACAGAAAGUAAAGUAUGAAACCAUGAAAGAAAACGUAAUGGCAUGGUUAGCUGAAUUGGAAGUCCUCAUAAGCAAAAUGAGUCCGGUAGCUAUUGAUUUGAAAGUAAUUCAGCAACAACACGAUGAGCUUAAGCCGCUUUUACAUAAAUAUGGAGAUUUUAGUGACCACAUUGACAAAAUUAAUGAUGUUGGAGCCGAGUAUAAUGCACUUUUUAACCCGGAAAGCCCAAGUCGUAAGAUAUUAACUCAUAGUACAGCUAAACGACUCAGUCCAAUGCGCGCUACUCCUAGAGAUGGCAGAGGUUUAAGCCCAACUAAAGGAGGUCUUUUGUCGCCUUUGUCCACUGCCUCUGGUGGAUUUGGAAGCCGCAGAUCAUCUCAAGAUGGUUUUCAAAUUUCUGAGUUCUCUCCAGUUCAACAGCAAUUAAAAGAGAUUAAUAAUCGUUAUAGUUUGAUUGGUGUUCGUUUGGCAGAUCGUCAAACCGAGAUCGAAAAUAUGACUGAAGAAGUGCGAAAGCAGUAUGAAAAUCUAAAAAACUUAUCAUCGUUUCUGGAACGUAUUCAACGGCAAGUCCCGAGAGAGUCAGCAUCAAAUAAAGAUGAGGCUGAGCACUGUAUUAAGCAAAUAAGAAAAGUUCUAGAAGAUAUGUAUGAAAAACAGAGUCUAUUGGAUACCACCAAGGUACAAAUUAAAGAUAUCCUUCGAAGAAAAUCUGAUGUAGCAGGUGCAGAUCAGUUACGACAAGAAAGUGAUUGCAUUAUUGAGAAAUGGAAGAGCUUAAACGACGUUUGCAAAAGUCGGAUAGAAUUUUCAGAAAAGCUACGUGACUUUUUAGAUAUACACAAUAAUUUGUCAAACUGGUUGCACAGUAAAGAAAGAAUUUUAACUGUCCUCGGUCCUAUUUCCACUGACUCAAGAAUGGUUCAAAGUCAAGUUCAGCAAGUACAAGUUCUCAGAGAAGAAUUUAGAAUUCAGCAACCUCAACUGAAUCACUUUCAGGAAAUUGGUCAUGAUAUUUUGAAUCACUUAACAAAUCCUUCUGAAAUAACAAAAGUGAAGCAAAAACUCAAUGAUGUAAUAAGUAAGUGGGACGACAUAGUAUCGCGUUUGGAUGAACGCGCCAAUAAUUUGGGAGGAGCUGCUGAUAGCAGCAAGGAAUUUGACGCAGCCGUUAAUAGAUUACGAGAAUCCCUACAGAAUAUUAGUGACAAUUUAGACGAUUUACCUACAGAUGGCGACCAUCAGGAAAAUUUGCGAAAAAUCGAACACCUGGAUCGUCAACUAGAGGGUCAAAGGUCACUGCUUGCUGACGCUGAACAAUCAGCUGUAUUACUUUGUAAUAUUCUAGGCGACUCUGCUUCGCGGGCUGAUGUAAAUUCAAGAGUAUCUGCGUUAGAGAAACAAUAUCAGACAUUGCAAAGAAAGUUGGAUACAAAAAAAGCAGAAACUGAAGCGUCAUUAAGAGACAGUCGCCAUCUUUCAGAAACUUGUACAAAAAUGCUAGGCUGGUUGUCAGGCGAGUUGUCAAACUUGUCUGAAAAACUACUGUUAUCUGCACAUAAACCUACUUUACAACAUCAAAUUGACGCACAUGAACCUAUUUAUCGUGAAGUAAUGUCCCGCGAGCACGAAGUUAUCAUGCUUAUGAACAAAGGAAAAGAAUUGUCUGAUCGUCAACAACACUUAACAAUAAAACGUGAUUUGGAACGAAUACAACAACUUUGGGACAAACUCCGUAGAGAGGUAUCUGAGAGGCACUCGCGCCUUCAAACCUGCAUGGAGCAUUGCAGAAAAUAUUCUCAAACAUCAGAAACAUUUUUAUUGUGGUUACGAAAAGCAGAAGAUAAGUUAGCUAGCUUAACACCUGGAAAACUGUAUAAAUCGAACAUGGAAAAACGCAUACGUGACAUUCAAACGAUGCGAAGUGAAGUUUGGAAGCACACGAAUGAAUAUGAGACCACUAAAGGUUUGGGGGAAACUUUCAUAAGUUACUGUGAUAUUGACCAAGAUCCUAUCAAAUGCGAGCUAAAGGAUAUCAAGGAUAGGUGGGAAAAACUUAACAACGAUUUAAUUACUAAAACCCAAGAUAUCGAAAAUUGCUCACGACGUUUAUCUGAUUUUAAUGAUAACCUUAGAAAUUUGGAUCAUGCAGUGAGUCGAUGCGAAGAUCGUUUAGCUGCGCACGAUGCACUAGGAGGAGCAGCAAAAGAUCCAAAACUUUUAGAACGAGUAAAGGCUAUACGAGACGAAUUAACAAAAUUGGAAAAACCUCUCAAUGAAUUGAAAGCUAUGGCCAAAACAAUAUCUUUGGAAAGUCAAUCAGCUGGGGGUGAGGCGGGUCAUUUAGGCGACGAUGUCGACGGCAUGUUUGAUCGCGUCUCUGAUCUAAAAGCUCGUCUCAGUGAUCGUUUCGAUGAGUUACAAUUUGCUGCUUCUACUAUAUCGAAAUUGAACGAACAAAUAAAAUAUAUUUUAUCAGAUUUAAAUAAGUUAGAACAAGAAAUUGAAAAUUUGUCACCGCCUGGGCGAGAAGUUGACGUAGUUAGAUCACAACUGAAAGACACAGCGGGUGUAAACUCAAAAUUAGAACAAAUUUCGAAUUUAGUAAAUGAUAUGGAGCGCGCUUCAUCCACUUUGAUUGAUUCCGGGAUAACCACCGAAAAUCAAAUUCCUGCACAAAUAUCGUCUAUACGUAAUACAAUUAAUCGUUUAGAUAUCCAAAGUCGAAAUCAUGAGCGCAAUUUGCAAGGUGCUCUAAAAGCUUUGAUUGAAUACUUCGAUAAUAAAGCUCUAGUGCUGGGAGAGUUACGAAGCGUAAAACGCGAAUUUGAUAAUUUUAAACCAGUUAGUUCGGAACUUGAUCAAAUUCGUCGACAGCAGCAAGAUUUUCGUGAUUUUCGAAAUCUUAAAGUAGAGCCUUUGUCACAGAACAUUGUCAAAGUAAACAAUGCUGGUCGUGACUUAGUUAGAUCAGCUGGAAGUGGUGUUUCUACUGUCGUUAUUGAAAAAGAUCUAGAAGAUCUAAACGAUAACUGGAAUAACUUAAAAGAAUUAAUGAAUGAUCGAGAGCGACGUUUGGAUGUUGCUCUUUUGCAGUCCGGAAGAUUCCAGGAAGCCUUGUCAGGUCUUUCUAAAUGGUUAUUUGACACAGAGGAAAUGGUGGCAAAUCAAAAACCACCAAGCUCGGAUUACAAGGUCGUCAAAGCACAACUACAAGAGCAAAAAUUUUUGAAAAAAAUGUUAAUGGAUAGGCAAAACUCCAUGUCUUCUCUAUCUUUGAUGGGUGUCGAAGUUGCCAAUGCCUGCGAGCCUUCAGAACGAGAUCAGAUUGAAGGACAGCUUAAUGAUCUUGUAAGGCGUUUCGAUUCUCUUACUAAUGGUGCCGAACAGAGAGAAAGUGAUUUGGAAGCAGCAAUGGAAGUGGCUAAAGAUUUCCAUGAUAAAGUGAUUCCCCUUGAGCUGUGGCUAGAUGGUGUCGAACGAUCAAUCAAAAAUAUGGAGCUUGUUCCAACAGAUGAAGAAAAAAUUCAAAAUCGUAUUAAGGAACACAACGAAUUACAUGGUGAAAUUUUAUCUAAAAAAAUAGAUUUUACGGCUUUGGCAGAUGUGGCUGGACAACUCAUGCACUUAAUUGGUGAAGAUGAGGCCGCACAAUUAGGUGAAAAAGUGCGUAACAUAACAGAUCGAUUUACUACCUUAGUUGAAGUCAGUGAAAAUAUUGGUUCCCUUUUGGCUGAGUCUCGCCAGGGAUUACGGCAUUUGGUCAUAACGUAUCAAGAAUUGGUUGGCUGGAUGGACAGAAUGGACCAGGAGCUGACACGCUUUAAAGUGAUUCCUGUUUAUUCGGAAAAGCUACUGGAACAAAUGGAUCAUUUGGUUGAACUGAAUGAAAAUAUUGCUAGUCAGGCUCCAAACAUUGAAUCAACAGUUGAUUCAGGUUCCGAACUAAUGAAACACAUUUCUAAUGAUGAGGCCUUACAAUUAAAAGAUAAACUGGAUGCACUUCAACGUCGGUAUGGUGAAUUAGCGACUAGGGGAGGAGACCUCCUUAAAAGGGCCAAAAAUGCUCUUCCGUUAGUUCAGCAAUUCCAUAACUCGCAUAACCGUUUGUUGGAAUGGUUGCAAAUAGCUGAAGGUGCCUUUACAGCGAGUGAGCUUUGUCAUGCAGACUUAUUACGCCUAGAAACGGAAUUGGUGGAAAUGCGCCCUGUAAUAGAUAAUAUUAAUUUAUUUGGUCCGCAAUUAUGCCAAAUCUCCCCAGGCGAAGGUUCAACAUCAAUUGAAAACAUAGUAACGCGUGAUAAUCGCCGUUUCGACGCGAUUGUUGAGCAAAUUCAACGGAAAGCAGAACGUUUUCACUUAAGUAAUCAACGCGUCAAAGAGGUUACAGGAGACAUCGAUGAAUUGCUGGAAUGGUUCCGAGAUAUGGACACAGCCCUUCGCGAAGCGGAUCCACCUGCAAUAGAGCCAACAUUAGUUCGCUUACAAUUACAAGAACAUCGUUCAAUAAAUGAUGAUAUUUCUAGUCAGAAGGGGCGUGUACGUGACAUAGCUGUUUCAUCAAAAAAAAUUUUAAGAGAAUCUCCUCAGAGCGAAUUUAUAGCUUCGCUUCGUGAAAAAUUAGAAGACUUAAAAGAAAUCGUGGAUUCCGUCGCUCAAUUGUGCAGUGAACGCUUGGGCAUUUUGGAGCAGGCACUACCUUUAUCGGAACAUUUUGCAGAUUCACAUAACGGUUUGUCCUGUUGGUUAGACGAUAUGGAACAACAAGUUUCAAGAUUUAGUAUGCCAGUAUUGCGCCCAGAUCAAAUAACGACACAACAAGAUAAGAAUGAACGCCUUUUGCUUUCUAUUACCGAACAUAAGCCUUUGCUAGAUAAACUCAAUAAGACAGGCGAAACUUUAACGGCUUUUGUAUCGGAAGAUGACAGCGCAAAAAUAAAUGAUUUCCUUGAUUCUGAUAACGCACGUUUUCAAGCACUUCGCCUGGAGUUACGCGAACGGCAACAAAUGUUGGACAACGCUUUGCAAGAAUCGAGUCAGUUUUCAGACAAAUUAGAAGGCAUGCUCCGAGCAUUGGCUAAUACUGUCGAUCAAGUGAAUCAGCUGGACCCCCUGUCAGCACUACCACAGAAAAUAAGAGAGCAAAUGGAAGAUAACGCUGCAUUAACAGACGAUUUGGAAAGGCGUUCAGAUGCUUUUACGGCUGUAAAAAAAGCCGCCGAUGAAGUCAUUGCAAAGGCCGGAAAUAAGGCUGAUCCGGCUGUACGCGAUAUUAAAUCCAAAUUGGAAAAAUUAAAUAGUCUAUGGAACGACGUGCAGAAAGCUACUAAAAACCGUGGCAGCUCACUCGACGAUAUACUAAGUGUGGCUGAACCAUUCUGGGAACAACUCAAUGGCGUAAUGGGCACACUUAAAGAUCUAGAAGAAACCUUAUCCUCACAAGAACCUCCUGCUGCCCAGCCCCAGGAAAUACAGAAACAGCAGGUUGCAUUACAGGAGGUGCGCUUCAAAAUUGAUCAGACUAAACCAGAAGUAGAGCAAGUGCGACGCAAUGGCAGCAAUUUGAUAAAUAUGUGUGGCGAACCGGAUAAACCAGAAGUAAAGAAGCAUAUCGAAGAUCUGGAUAAUGCAUGGGACAGUAUUACAGCUUUAUAUGCAAAGCGUGAAGAAAAUUUAAUUGAUGCAAUGGAGAAGGCAAUGGAAUUCCACGAGACCUUGCAAAAUUUAGAGAAAUUUCUGAACAAAGCCGAACGCAAUUUUGAGGUGCUUGGCUCUGUUGGCUGUGACAUAGGUGAAGUUAAAAAACAAAUCGAGCAGCUGAGAGUAUUUAAGGACGAUGUUGACCCACAUAUGCUGGAGGUGGAAGCAUUAAAUAGGCAAGCCGUGGAGUUAACGGAUCGGACAUCUCCUGAGCAAGCUGCAUCAAUUCGAAAACCACUAUCUGUUGCAAAUCAUCGAUGGGAAGCUUUACUACGUAAUAUGGUAGAACGCCAAAAACAAUUAGAACAUGCUCUUUUACACCUUGGCCAGUUCCAACAUGCCCUAAAUGAACUUUUAGUAUGGAUUGAUAAAACAGACAUUACAUUAGAUCAAUUAAAAGCGGUACCUGGUGAUCCACAGCUUUUAGAGGUAGAAUUAGCAAAAUUGAAAGUUAUUGCUAAUGACAUUCAAGCACAUCAAAGUUCAGUGGAUACUUUAAAUGAUGCUGGACGCCAGCUUAUCGAAACUGAAAAGGGUACCGUAGAGGCUUCUACUACCCAGGACAAAUUGCGAAAAUUGAACUCAAAGUGGAAAAUGUUAAUGCAAACCGCUUCUGAUCGACAACAUGAACUUGAAGAAGCUUUGCAUGAAGCACAAGAAUAUAUUGCGGAGGUACAAGAUGUUCUUGGUUGGUUAGGUGAUGUGGAUGCCGUAAUAAGCGCCAGUAAACCUGUUGGGGGUUUACCGGAAACAGCAACCGAGCAGUUGGAACGAUUUAUGGAAGUAUACAAUGAGUUAGAGGAGAACCGCCCAAAGGUGGAAACAAUUCAAGUCCAAGGUCAGGAUUAUAUAAAGCGGCAGAAUAAUAUUAAAGUUCCUUCCAGUAAUUUACAGCAUACUUUGCGUACACUUAAACAAAGAUGGGAUGCGAUUGUUUCUCGCGCUUCCGAUAAGAAGAUUAAAUUAGAAAUCGCACUGAAAGAAGCUACAGAGUUCCAUGACACUCUUCAAGCUUUUGUAGAAUGGCUCGAUCAAGCCGAAAAACUGUUAUCAAAUGCACCUCCGGUUUCACGAGUUUUACGAACUAUCCAGGAUCAAAUGGAAGAACAUAAAAUUCUACAAAAAGAUGUUAGCACCCAUCGUGAGGCCAUGCUAUUACUUGAUAAAAAGGGAACUCAUUUGAAAUAUUUUAGUCAAAAGCAGGAUGUCAUUUUAAUAAAAAAUCUUCUAGUUUCUGUGCAACAUCGCUGGGAACGUAUUGUGAGCAAAACUGCAGAACGCACUCGUGCUUUAGAUCAUGGUUAUAAAGAAGCUCGUGAAUAUAACGACUCUUGGAAUAGCAUCAUGCAAUAUCUUGAAGAAACCGAUAAAAUGCUUGAACAAAUAAUAGAAGAUGCCACUAAAUCAAAGGAACCUGCCAGAAUAAAAAAACUUAUAAGUAAGGUGAAGGAUACACACAGACAAUUAACAAUAAAGCAAACCAGCUAUGAUUCAACCAUACGCUCCGGCAAAAAUCUGUUAGAACGAGCUCCAAAAGGGGAUGAGACGAUUCUCCUCAAAAUGUUAACAGAGCUAAAAGAAAAGUGGACAACCGUGUGGUCGAAAAGCAUUGAACGGCAACGUAAGAUGGAAGAAGCACUGCUGUUAUCUGGGCAGUUUUCAGACGCUCUUUUUGAGUUACUUGAUUGGCUAAAAAAGGCGAAAAAUCGCUUGAAUGAAAACGGCUUGGUGCAUGGCGAUUUAGAAACGGUACAAGGAUUAUUAGAGCAUCAUAAGCAUAUCGAACACGAUUUACAAAAGCGUGCAGCGCAAAUGCAGGGUGUAUUGAAGACAGGAAGGGAACUUGCAACAUCCAGUGAUAAUAAAGAAACAGACCAACAACUUAAUGAGCUGCAAACUCUUUGGGAUGAAGUAAAAGAAGCAGCAAAAAGGCGAAACGAACGGUUGCAGGAGGCUCUUAAAGAUGCUGAAAAACUAAAUAGAGAAAUUCAUGCCUUAUUUGAUUGGUUGGAUCACGCAGAACAGAAGUUACGUUAUGCGAAAAAUGCGCCAGAUGAUGAAAAAAUUACACGGGAAAUGAUUGCAUCACAUAAUGAUUUCUCUAAAGAUUUGCAAAAUAGGGAUCGCCAGAAGUCCCAAACUUUCCGUUUCGCUGAAGAUGUUAUUAGCAAAGCAUAUCCAGAUGCUAUUCCGAUAAUAAAAAAUUGGUUAGCAAUUAUUCAGCAGCGUUGGGAUGAAGUCUCACAGUGGUCUAUUAAUCGAGGAACGAAAUUAGAACAGCAUUUGCAAUCUCUUAAAGACUUAGACGACAUAAUUGAAGAGCUUUUGGCUUGGCUUAACGGCUUGGAGGCAACACUUUUAAAUUUGGAAAAGGAGAAACUACCAGAUAACAUUACACAGUUGGAAAAGCUUAUAGAAGACCACAAAGAGUUUAUGGAAAAUACCGCACGCAGGCAAGUCGAGGUAGACCGUGCAUGCAAACCGAAACAGCAGCCUUUAAGCUCACGUCGGAGCCUGUCAAGAGUAUCCAAAACUCCAAUCUUCAAAGGUUCACGUGAUCAAGGGCUUAAUACACGCAAACUUAACCGUUUGACACCCAGUCGUGAAACUCCCGAUAGAGAUCGCUUACCACAUUACGGCCCUCGGUUUUCGCAAAGCGUAAGCUCAGUCACUCAAGAAACAGAGUUCCGGUCACCACGAGCGAGUUUGUUGUGGGAUAAAUGGCGUUACGUUUGGAUGAUGUCAUGGGAAAGACAACGGCGCCUACAUGAUCAUAUGAUGUAUUUGAAAGAUGUAGAACGAGUAAGAAACUUUAGCUGGGAAGAUUGGAGGAAACGAUUCCUUAAGUACAUGAACCACAAAAAAUCGCGGUUAACAGAUUUGUUCCGCAAAAUGGAUAAGGACAACAAUGGACUCAUUCCAAGAAAUGAAUUCAUGGACGGGAUACUGAACACCAAAUUCGAUACAUCUCGUAUGGAGAUGAGCGCUGUAGCGGAUUUGUUUGAUCGGAAUGGUGAAGGUCUCAUUGACUGGCAAGAAUUCAUUGCUGCUCUCAGACCUGAUUGGCAAGAACGCAAACCAGUAACAGAUUCGGAUAAAAUACAUGAUGAAGUAAAGCGGCUAGUGAUGCUGUGCACUUGCAGGCAAAAGUUCCGUGUAUUUCAAGUGGGAGAAGGCAAAUAUAGGUUUGGUGAUUCACAAAAACUGCGGCUGGUACGUAUUUUACGUAGCACAGUUAUGGUUCGAGUCGGAGGCGGUUGGGUUGCUCUUGAUGAAUUUUUGCAAAAGAAUGAUCCUUGUAGAGCUAAAGGACGUACUAAUAUUGAAUUACGCGAGCAAUUUAUUUUGGCGGAUGGUGUAUCUCAAAGUAUGGCGGCAUUUACUCCUCGUCGGUCUACAACGAAUGCCACACAGAAUGGCAACGUGUCGCCUUACAUAGGUGGACAAGGUCCUAUUAUAAAGGUUCGGGAACGCUCGGUACGUUCCAUACCAAUGUCACGACCGUCCCGUUCAUCUCAAUCAGCUUCUACUCCUGACUCUCUAAGUGACAAUGAAUUAAGUCAAGCUGGCGCUCAUGGUCGAUACACUCCACGAAAAAUUACAUACACCAGUACUCGCAGUGUCAUAACGCCUUCUGGAUCACGCGCAGGAUCGAAACCUAAUUCCCGUCCUUUGAGUCGACAAGGCUCGAAACCGUCAUCCAGACAUGGAUCAAAUUUAUCGCUUAACAGUACAGAUGAAACUCCACCAUCGCGAAUACCACAGCGAAAAACUUCUGCAUCAAAUGUUGCUUCAGGAAGCGGAAUCACGACAAGGCCAUCACGAUUAGCCGCGAUUCCAGGCUCACUUGAAGUUGGCACAUCUGCUCGAAAAACAGUUUCUGGUUCCGCCAGUCCGCAACAGUCUAGGAAGAACACCAGUGGCAACUCAACUCCCUCUGGUAUACGCACUCCUCGAAAAGGUUCUGCAGAUCCAACAAUAAGCUCAACUUUGCGAUCUCAAACACAACGAGGAUCAACGCCCGUGAACAAGCGUGAACCAUUUCGGCUUUAAAACUUUUAAGACCACUUGUCGUAAAUGCAGUAGCUGAAAAGAACUCCACUUGUCAUUUCACUACGGUAUUAUGGUUGGCAUUAAAGUUGAAAAGUACCAAUCUAAAAAGACAACGAAAAAUUUAGUAACAUAAUAUUUUCAUAAGGAAAUUUACAAUUUGCUACUGAUAAAUUUAGCAACUUUCUUGUACUUUUAUCUUUUUAACACCGAAUUUAAAUGUAACCAAACAAAAUUCGGUUUUCACACGAUACAAAUAACAGAACCGCAUGUUUUCGUAUUUAGUUUAAACUUUUUAGUUUUUGUUUUAUUUAAACCACGAACUAUAAAACAAAUUUGUAGUCUGCGCAUAAGAACACCUACCAGUCUAUUAUCUUAUUCAAACUUUAAGAUAUAACUAGUUUCAUAUACAUACAUAUUAUUAAGUGUACAAACAAGUUUUAUAUUCUCGUCUUAUGUAAAGUUAAUACAUAACUAAUAUUUUUAACGUACUAAGCUCCUAUGUAUUCUUAUCUGAUUUGAUUAAAGAACUAAUUUGUUUUGAAUCAGUA